AUGCCCGUGCCGGAGCCAGGGCAGCCGUGGCAUCGCGGCGCCAUGUCGUCGUGCUCGCGGCGGCUGCGGGCGCUGCGUGUGGGCUGCGAGCGAGCCCAGGAGGAGUGGCGACGAGCGCGCGCGAGGUUCCCGCGGCGUUCGGGCUCCGCGGGCUCGCCGAUGCAAGGACGCCUCACCUGGAAAGGUCGGAUGGUGAUCGCCGUCGCGGGAGGGUCGGCUGCCGCGUUGAAUUCGGCAAGCGGGUUGCGGGUGAUGGCGUCGGCCUCUGCGGGGUCGCCCUCUGCGUACGACAAGUACCGGAGCGCGGGGGGCGCGCCCGGGGGGUUCGGCGACCCGAAACGCCGCGUCACGGACAUCCUCCUCGCCUGCAACGUCGUCGUCUUCGUCGCCAACAUCGCCACGCAGGGGCUUCUGUUCGCGUACGGCGCGAAGAUCAACGAGUUCAUCGCCGCGGGGCAGUUCUGGCGCCUCGUCACGCCGGCCUUCCUCCACGGCAAUCUCAUGCACCUGGCCUUCAACUCGGGCUUCCUGAAUGACAUCGGGCCCACCGUCGAGCGCCUCUCCGGCAGGAAGCGGUUCGCGACGAUUUACUUCACCGGGGCAGUGGGGGGGUGUCUCGCGUCAUACCUGUUCAGCAGCAACCCGUCGGUGGGCGCGUCGGGCGCGCUGUUCGGCCUCGCGGGCGCGCUCUGGGUCUUCUGCCAGCGCCACAAGUCGGACCGGCGGCUAUACAACCCCCGGUUCCUCCAGGCCUUCCAGGACUCGAUCAACCGCACCAUCAUGCUCAACAUGCUGCUCGGGUUCGUGAUUCCGCGCGUGGACAACUGGGGCCACGCGGGCGGGCUCGUCGGCGGCGCGCUCGGCGCGUGGCUGCUCGGGCCGAAGUGGGAGAUUGCGUGGCUCAAGGGGCGGCAGGGGUCGGUGGACAACCCGCCGGUGCGGGCGCUGAGCUUCACGGACCCGAAGAUCCUGCGCGCGCUCGACAAGGCCAAGGCGCGCCAGGCCGCGGGGCCGCGGCUGUCGUAG